AUGGCAGGACAGUCGAAAUUUGAGAUAUCGCCAUGGGGCAAGGCAGUAGCCGGUGCUAGCGGUGCUGUUCUUGCGAACGCCCUCGUCUAUCCGCUCGACAUCGUCAAGACCAAACUCCAGGUGCAAGUGAAAUCUGCAGAGAAAACACCUGAGGAUCCCAACACACCUGUCUACUCGUCUACGUGGGAUGCCAUCUCACGAAUCUCGGCCGAGGAAGGCAUCGCAGGACUCUAUGCUGGCAUGAGCGGAUCCCUCAUCGGUGUCGCGUCUACCAACUUUGCCUACUUCUACUGGUACACCAUUGUGCGGACGCUCUACACCAAGUAUUCCAAAUCGGCCUCGGCUCCCUCGACCGCCGUGGAGCUGUCGCUGGGUGCCCUCGCCGGCGCCGUUGCGCAGAUCUUCACAAUUCCCGUGGCCGUCGUCACCACACGCCAGCAGACAGCCUACAAGCACGAGCGAAAGGGCUUGAUCGCCACGGCAAAGGAGGUGGUGGAGGGCCCGGACGGUGUCACAGGACUGUGGAGAGGUUUGAAGGCCAGCUUGGUACUUGUCGUCAAUCCCGCCAUUACCUAUGGCGCGUAUGAGCGUCUCAAGACGGCCAUGUUCCCAGGCAAGGUCAACCUGCGACCUUGGGAAGCGUUCAUGUUGGGAGCCAUGUCCAAAGCCUUGGCAACAUUAGCCACGCAGCCAUUGAUUGUCGCCAAGGUUGGCUUGCAGUCAAAGCCGCCACCCUCGCGCAACGGAAAGCCCUUCACGAGCUUUAUCGAGGUCAUGAAAUUCAUCAUUGAGAAUGAGGGAGCAAUGAGCCUAUUCAAGGGAAUUGGGCCUCAGAUCCUGAAGGGUCUGCUGGUCCAAGGCAUCCUGAUGAUGACGAAGGAGAGGGUCGAGCUCAUGUUCAUCCUCUUCCUUCGCUACAUCAAGGCAGUCCGACUGGGCCAGCUCAAGACCGCCGCUCAGCGUGUGUCCACUGCCGUCAGUGAGGGCAAUAUGCCAGCGCCACCACUGAAGUCCUCGACCUGA